AUGUCACUAUUUCAACUGGUCUAUGGAAAAGCAUACCAUUUGCCAAUAGAGCUGGAGCGCAAGGCCUUAUGGGCACUCAAGAAUUUGAAUCUAAAUUGGAAGGAGGCGGUAGAAAUGAGAUUAGGGCAACUGAAUGAGAUGGAUGAAUUCUAUCUUAGGGCAUACGAGCGAGCAGAUUUGUAUAAAGAAAAAAUAAAAAUGUACCAUGACUGGAAGAUAGAGAAACGAGAUUUCAAAAGAGGGGACUUGGUACUUCUGUUUAAUUCUAGACUUAAAUUGUUUCCAGGAAAGCUGAAAUCUAAGUGGUCAGGCCCUUUUAAGGUAAGCCAAGUCCACUCCUCUGGAGUAGUGGAGCAUGAAAAUAAAGAUGGCAGUACCUUCAAGGUAAAUGGGCAAUGGGUAAAGCUUUACAUUGGACUAGAAGAAUCAGUUAAAAGCAUCACAAUUAUUUCUCUUGAUCAAGUCUGA